CUUUCAUCUAUAAAGAGAAGGGUAGGCAGUGAAGAAUUCAUAGAUUCCCUUUGAGCCCGACGCCUCCUCCGCUCUAAUUUUGAAGUGUUCCGUCUACGUGAAGUACGGUUUGUCUUGUUUAUCCAUUAAUUUAUCGAGAAGUGAUAUAACUACACAUGUAAAGAGACAAAGAGUGAGGCCAAGCUACCAGACAGCCAAAAGAUGCAACAAUAUACGUUCCUUGUGAGUUGAGAUUUUUGUCUUCAACGAAUAAGUGGGUUCUUUAUUAAAAGCACAAAGUGUUCAGGGAUGAGCUACUGAUCAAAUCUAAUAUAUUAUCGUUUACAAAUUGAGCUCUUCUGCAAUAGACAUAGAUGUUCUGAAUCCUGGGAGCCCGUUGGAUGAACCAGAUGAGAGAUGUGCUCAACAUGAGUGUGACAGAGAGAUAGGAUAACAGAACCACGCCGCCUGUAAUUGCAAAUCUCCACCGGUUUCUCUUGAACUCUGCUAUCUCCAGAUCAAAGGGAACAUCUGUAUGUAAGUCGGGUUUUCUGCUUCCAUUCUAUCUUUUUUCUUGAAUAUUCUGUUAACAUGUGAACAUCUGUUUCUUUUAACUUCAUAACCAUGGAUCACUACUAGACCCCUUGUGUUUUAAGCUUCUGUAUGUGGAACAAAUUGGGCUAUGAUGGAGGAUUGUUAUUUUUCCAUGGGAUUCAGAGGAGGUAGAUAGAACUGGUUGUGUAGUCAUGGAUUUUGCUUUCAUGAUAACGUUUUUCAGUGAGGUUGGAUCACAAAAUUGGUUCAGGGUAUUCCAAGGAGAAUUGAAUGGGAGUGAGUGUAACUGGAUAUUGCUUAAAAAGAAUGGAAGAGCGAGAAUUUGUGCUUUGUAGGUGAUGGUUGGAAUGACAAGCUGAAGUUUCAGCGUUCAGGGAGACUUUUAAUGACUAACAAGGCUGUGGAAAUUGCAACACAGAUUAUAGUGAUGGCAGUUGUCUUCUCUGUAAUAUUGUUAUUUGUGGGCAUUAGUUUUUUGGUCUUCAUUCAUGUUUGUAUUGUUGGGAGGGCUUUCAGGAGAGGGUUGAUGGGAGACACCAUGGUUGAGAGGGCCAACAAUGGUGGAACUAACAGCAUGUCGCUUGAUGAUUUGGAGAGGCUUCCUUGCUUUGAUUUCAAAGCAAGAGAGAAGGGCAGUAGUCCAGUAGACUGUGCUGUUUGCCUGGAGAACUUCAAGGUGGGAGACAAGUGUAGACUACUUCCUUGCAGGCACAGCUUCCAUGCUAAUUGUGUGGAUUCAUGGUUGUUGAAGACACCCAUUUGCCCUAUUUGUCGAACCAGCGUCGACUCUGAUCAGAAGGUCAGCAUGGUCAUGGGUGAAGAAAGUAGUCAUUCUAUUGAGGUUGGAAGCGAAGUGUUGGAGACACAGCCAGUUGAGGUCGGGCUUCAAUUGAGCUCCAAUCCAGCUCCUUUGCACACCUUGGCUACAGAACUUGCUGUUUAGAAUACCAACAGAUAUACAUGCACACCAAGUGAUGUUCCUGUUGUCUGUUACUCUGUUAAGUAUACAGACACACAUGACAUGAGAUCAGAUACUCUUGAUUCAUUUCCCUAUUUGGGUGGUUUUUGAAUCCUUGGGUUUGCAAACUGUUUGGCUUUCAAGGUUCUUCAUGUUGUAAGGAAACAUAUAUCUGCUAUUAUUAGUUCAUUUUGAUUCAAUCUCCUUCAGAAUUUGCCAAUCUUUGGUUGGUUUC